AUGCCGUCAUUGACCUCAAUUCCCUUUCAGGCUGCGGAACAGGCAUAUGACAUGGCGCAUGAGUUUCCGCAUACAGAGGUUGUAGGGGUAGAUCUUACUCCUGUUCCAGCCGACCUCGAAGCGAUACCUCCUAACUGCCGGUUCGAGAUCGACGAUAUCAAUCUUGGAUUGAACCAUUUCAAAGACUCCUUCGAUGUUGUGCAUACGCGCUUCGUAGGGACUGGAUUGAAGAACUUUAGAAAGACUAUGGACGAUGUCCAUCAAUGCCUCAAACCGGGAGGCAUCGCAAUCUGGGCAGAUGCUGAUUUUGACAUGUGCGCGGAGGACUGGCACAUUUACCAGCCAUUCGCCCUAGAUGAGGACGAGGACAAUCCAGACCAAACCGACCGGUCCUGGUCCCAGCGUAUUAGCUAUGAAAUGACGCGAAUUAUGAAAGCACGCCAGAGUGAUAUUGACGGAAUGGCCAAGGCAAUGGACGAGGGACUUUGGCUGACGGCCUCAUGGAUCCCGAAACGUGUCGAACAGCCAGUCUCUACUUACCAGCCCAUGGGCACAAGGAGACUCGGAGAUACAGACACAGCAACUGGGUUACAUAGGGACAUUAAUGCGCCAGAAUUUAAUGUGAUGACAGAUUUUGGCUGGGAUCCCGAAGAUUUGGACAGGUAUCUUAAACUAUGUGAUAAAGAGCUGAUGAACAUGAACCCAAAGAUGUGGUAUAGAAUGUGCGCACGAAUCCUCUUCUUCGAUUCCAUCGCGAGAUAUGCUUGGGGCCGCCGUCGUGCUGCAGAAAACGAGCCAGCGCCGCCACUCCUGUCUGUACCGACACCUACACCGGCCACGACAGAUGCGAGACGGAUAUUCCGGUAUCCACACUUCUACAUUUAUAAAACGCGUGAAGAGUCGUUGGCCGCAGCUGCACUUAGAAAUCGCGGCAAAGAUUGCACUCCACCUCCACCGCUAAACGGCGUCCCACCUACCACUCCAUAA